AUGCCACCAAAAGGAUAUAAAAAGAAAAAGGUAGAGGACGAAGUAGAAGAGAAAGAUAUGGAUAAUAAUCAAGACCAAGAAGAACGUAUACCAGACAAGACUGAAAAAGGGUCAUCAAAGAGAAAGAUUACUAAAAAGGCUGUUGAAUCUGACGAUGAAGAAGAUGUAGAAGAAGAUGAAGAAGAAGUUGAGGAAGAUGAGGAGGAAGAGGAAGUACCAAAACCAAAGGGUAGAGGUGGUAAGAAAGCAGCUGCCAAACCAAAGACUUCAACUACUUCUACUGCAUCAGUUUCAACAACUGGUGAUGAAGAUUUCACUACUCCAGCAGUCUCUAGUAAUCAAAUUAAAAUUGUUAGUUGGAAUGUAGCAGGAUUUGGAGCAUGUACAAAGAAAGGGUUUAAGGAUUAUUUGAUCAAGGAACAACCGGAUAUUGUGUGUUUGCAAGAGACAAAGAUUGCAGUGGCCAAGGUACCAAAGAGUGAGAUUCCAGAGGGAUACACUUACCAUUUUAACCCAUGUAUUGAAAAGACUGGACAUCACGGUACUGCCUUGUUGACCAAGAUCAAACCAAUUUCAAUCACUAGUGGUAUCGGUAUCAGUAAACACGAUCAAGAAGGUCGUGUAGUGACCGCCGAAUUUGAAGAUUUCUACGUUGUCAAUGCUUACGUACCAAACUCUGGUGUCGAUCGAAAGGAACCACUCAAACGUCUAGGUUAUCGUACCAAAGAAUGGGAUGUAGACUUUUUUAAAUACAUGUCUGAUCUAAAUACUAAAAAGCCUGUUGUUUGGUGUGGUGAUUUAAAUGUUGCUCAUACUGAAAUUGAUCUUGCUAAUCCAAAAUCAAAUUCAAGAACAGCAGGAUUUACAAUUGAAGAAAGAACAAGUUUUAGUGGACAUUUAAAUUCAGGAUUUAUUGAUACUCAUCGUCACUUUAAUCCAGGCAAGACUGGUACAUACACUUUUUGGAGUUAUAUGGGUGGUGCUCGUGCAAAGAAUGCUGGUUGGAGAUUAGAUUAUUUCAUUGUACCAGCUACUUUUAUCGGGUCGAUUGCAGCUUCAUUUAUUAGAUCAAAAGUACAAGGUUCUGAUCAUUGUCCAAUUGGUAUUAUUGAUUUAGAGAAUCCUGAUAAUGAAGCAGAUGAUGACGACGAAGAGAUUAUUAAUUUCAAUGUUGGUAUUGAUUUUAGUCAAGUCAUUAAUGAACAGUUGGAAAAGACUGCUGCAGAAUCAGAUGAAAUAGAUGAACAAGAUGAUCUAUCAGAUGAUGAUGAUGAUGAAUUGGAUGGUUAUGUUAGACCUAGAUCAGAGUUGGAUAAAAUGGAUUUAGAUGAUGAUGAUAAUAAAAGACCAAGAGUUGAAACAUCAUCAACAACAACAACAACAACAACAACAAAAGAAAAAGAAGAUGAUGCAUCUACCUCUACAACUACAACAACUACAACAACAGAUAAAAAAGUAACAACAUCACAAACACAACCAUCAACACAACCUGGUGGAUUUGAUAUUGAAAAUAUACCUGGAUUACGUAAACAAAGAAAAAGAAAACCUGCAACUCCAAGUAAUGGACCAAGAUUAUCAAAACAAGUAAAGAAAUUAGCAGCAAAAGCAUUGGGAUUAUUUAUUGAAGAGAAAUUUGAAGAUUCAUUUACAGUGUUUACAGAGGUGAUUAGAUUGGCACCAACUUAUACAAGAUCAUAUACCAUCUUGUCACGUAUCAGAGAGGAACAAGGAGAUUUAAAGAGUGCUGCUGAUUUUGUAUAUGUCGGUGCAAAGAUUGGAAAGAAUGAUCCGGAUCUAUGGAAACGUGCUUCAGAGUUGGCGAGAAAGAAUGGUGAUGAUGAACGAUUCAUCUAUUGUCUAAGACGUCUCCGUUAUCUAAAUGUCGAUGAUUUGGAGACACAAUGGGAAUUGGCCAUUGCAUUUCAACAACAAGGUCGUCUAAAUAUGGCCUACAAAGUAUUACAAGUACUUCAAAAACUUAGACCCGAUGAUGCAAUCGUUGCAUUAGAGUAUGCUCAAGUAUUACUCAAUCUAAAGAAAAAGACAGUGGCAAUUAAUUUCUUGGAAGGGUUUAUAGAGAUUGAAUUGAAGCGUCCAUUUGAAACUAUAGAUUUGGGAUGUUUUAAUAUGUUGCUUGGUCUAUACAACAAAGAGACGCAAUAUGCCAAAACAGUUCAAUUGUUUCAAAGAAUUAGAGGUAUCUAUCCAGACGAUUAUGAAAUCCCCGUUGAUAUUGUCUAUAAUGCCAGUAUUGCAUUCUACGAAUUGAAUGAUGACAAGUUUGGUGACGUCUGUAUGAACAAGAUACUACAAGAGUCACCUAGUGCAGUUGGUGAUCUCUAUAUUGGUUUGGCCGAAAAACUAUCGAUUCAAGGAAGAUAUGAAAGAGCUCUUACUCUAUUACUUAAAGUUUUGGGUACCGAGUUUGAUAGACCUUCUAUUUGGAUUUUAAUUGGUUCAAUUUAUAAAGAUUUAAAACAAUAUGAAAAUUCUAUUCAUUAUUUUGAAAAUGUAUUACAAUAUGAACCAAAUAAUAGAAAUGUAACUAUAUUAUUAUCAGAUAUUUAUAAAGAAUUGGGAGAUGUACAAAGAUCAUUUCAAAUAUUAAAUCAGUAUGAUGAAUUAUUGUAUGAUGAAUCGGAAGAGACAUUGUAUCAACAUACAAUGAAAUGGUUGACGGAUAAGAAACCAAAUCAUGAUGAUAUAUUUGAACAAUAUAAAAAAGCAGAUUCAUAUUGGAAUGUUGGAAAGUAUGAUGCUUUUAUUGGUAUUGCAAGAGCUCUAUUAAAAGGAUCGUAUGAAAGAGAAUAUCAUAUUCGUACUAAAACAAAACUUGGGUAUGAUGGAGCUCCUCAUAAUGUUAGAACGAUUUCUGGUCGUCCUCCAAUUCAAUUGGUUGAUAUUCCCGAGGCAGAGAAAUUGGAAGAAAAUGAUUAUUUUAAUCUACUUUUUAAUCUCACCAAAACACUUCCCUACAAACAAAGAGGUGCAGAGGCUGCUGGUUACCUCCGAUAUGCACUUGCUUUUAUCUCUUUGGCUACAAUCCAUGAAACUCAAUUAAAGUUUUUAUUGGUUGCUAUUGCCCUAACAACAAAUCGUCCAAGAUUGGCUACUGUCAAACAUGUUAAAUAUGUUUGUGCUGAAAAACCAAAAAGUCAUAGAAUUUGGAAUUUAUUUAAUAGAAUUAUUAUUAGAUCAAAAGGUAGAUAUUAUUAUUAUCAAAAAGCAUUUUUACAAAGUAUGGCAGAUAGAUUCCCAGAUAGUUUACCAAUUUCUAUUAUUUAUGGUAAUUGUAAUUUAAUUUUGGGAGGAACUACGAUAGCUUUGCAUGAAUAUCUAAAAUCAUAUGGACAAUAUCCAAAGGAACCUUUGGUACAAUUAUUGAUUGGUAUUACCAUUCUAUCAGAGAUUAUGGGUCGUAGAAAUGUAGAUCGCCACAAGAUUGCUCUUACUGCCUUUUCAUUCUUAAUGUCUUAUAAAAAUGCACGUCAACAUACAGAGAGACAGGAGGCAUUUUACAACUUGGCUAGAGCAUGUCAUCAAAUUGGAAUGUUGGAACAAGCAAUCACACUUUACAAUGUUGUUCUCAGUGACGACAGUGAAACUGAUCCAAAUUAUUCACUCAAACAAGAGGCUGCUUUUAAUCUUUCUUUAAUUUAUAAAAAAACUAAUCCUCAAUUGGCAAAUAGUAUAUUAAUUAAAUAUUGUACAAUCUAA